AUGAAAGUCAGGUCUUGCUUGACCAAACUGAUCUACUUCUAUGACCAGUUGACCUAUCAAUUGGAUGAGGAAAACACCGUGAACAUUGUCUUUGUGGACUUUAGGAAAGCAUUUGACACUGUCUCCCACAGCAUUCUGCCAGAGAAUCUGGCUGCUCAUGGCUUAGACAGGUUUUGUUUUUUGUGCAUUUCAUGGAUAUGCAGCUUUCUUUCAAUUUUCUAUUGUAUAAAGAUUGCAAAUUUCAGGCACACCUUCUUCACCUACAUGAAAGUAAAAAUUGACAGGAUUGUGCCAUGGCUGUUCUUGGGUUCAGUGCUUUUAUCCUUGGUCAUCAGCAUUCUUUUCUAUGACAUAAAAG